CUGACUGCCCGCCCGCCUUCAUCUCCAUCUCCGUCCCUUUACCCCCCUCCUCUUCCCCUCCAAUCAAUCCCCUUCUCGUCAUAAUUCUCGCCCGUCCUUCCUGGCGGAGUUCCUGGAUGACUGCGCUCUCAUCCCUGCAAUCCCAUUCAAUCGUCUAAUUUCACCUCUUCCAUCCACCUCCUUAGUCCGACCACUGAUCAGGGGGAGUGUGCGUGUACUCCACAUCAUCAAUCAUGGCUUCCCAAACUCCGGCCGUUGUCAUGGACAACGGUACCGGUUAUUCCAAGCUUGGUUUCGCCGGUAACGACUCGCCUUCUUUCGUCUUUCCCACCGCCAUUGCGACCAAAGCUGGUGCCGGAGGCGCUGGCUCCUCCGCUGCCGGUAGACCUCCUGUUGCGAACAAACCCUCCUUCCUAGCUACCGGUGGUGGGGCAGGCUCCCAUCUAUCCGCGAAGCGUGGUACAGAGGACUUGGACUUCUUCAUUGGCGAUGAAGCUCUGGCAGCGGCCAACGGGCCCGGUUAUGCCAUCAACUACCCCAUUCGCCAUGGUCAGAUCGAGAACUGGGAUCACAUGGAGCGGUUCUGGUCGAAUUCCAUCUUCAAGUACUUGCGCGUCGAGCCGGAGGACCACUACUUCCUCCUCACUGAGCCGCCCUUGAACCCUCCCGAGAACCGUGAGAACACCGCCGAGAUCAUGUUCGAGUCUUUCAACUGUGCCGGUCUCUACAUCGCCGUCCAGGCUGUCUUGGCCCUUGCUGCCUCGUGGACCUCCUCGAAGGUGACCGACCGCUCUCUCACCGGAACCGUCAUCGACUCCGGUGACGGUGUUACACACGUUAUUCCCGUCGCCGAAGGCUACGUCAUCGGAUCAUCUAUCAAGAGUAUACCCAUUGCCGGUCGCGAUAUCACCUACUUUGUCCAGAGCUUGCUCCGUGACCGCGGUGAGCCGGACAGCAGCCUGAAGACGGCUGAGAAGGUCAAGGAAGAGUACUGCUACGUGUGCCCCGACAUCGUCAAGGAAUUCGCCCGCUACGACCGUGAGCCGGACCGCCUGCUUAAGCACACCGUGACUUCGCCCAACGGCCGGACCGUGAGCAUCGAUGUGGGCUACGAACGUUUCCUGGCGCCGGAGAUCUUCUUCAACCCCGAGAUCUAUUCGUCGGACUUUUUGACCCCCCUGCCUAACGUCGUCGACGGCGUGAUCCAGUCUUCCCCCAUCGAUGUGAGAAGGGGUCUGUACAAGAACAUUGUGUUGUCCGGUGGAUCUACGCUGUACAAGGACUUUGGACGGCGUCUUCAGCGUGACAUCCGUCAUCUGGUGGAUGCACGCAUUCGGGCGUCGGAGGCGCGCAGCGGAGGUGCCAGAAGUGGUGGACUGGACGUGGCGGUUGUGACACACAAGAGACAGCGCCACGGACCGUGGUUCGGAGGUAGCUUGCUGGGACAGACGCCGGAGUUCCGCAGUUACUGCCACACCAAGGCAGAAUACGAUGAGAUUGGUCCUAGUAUCGUGCGCCGCUUCGCGCUGUUGGGAGGCCCUGGCAGUUCGUAAAUAUGUGGUUCUGUCUAUAGUUU